AUGGACGGCGCGACGUUCUGGGCUGCCGCCCCACAGUCUGCCACCGCCACGGUCCUCCGCCUGCCCGCAGGCGCCGUUGCCCAGGACGACUCUGUUGGCGUCGCGGCCAUCUCCGACCGCUACGCACAGUCCAUCUACGGCUGCGUGGUGAAGCUGGGCUACAAGACUCUGGCAGCCGUCAUCGAUGCCUCCAGCUAUGCGAAGAUGUUCAAGGACCCCAAGACCCAGGUCACUGUGUUUGCCCCCGACAACAGCGCUCUCCUCGAGUUUAUUGAGGACACUGGCGUGCCGCUGGCGGUGCUGCUGAAACAGAAGACUCAGCUGGACCUGCUCGUGUCCUACCACGUCCUCACCAGGCGCCACACCACCCAGUUCUGGCCCCCUCGCGGCCAGAAGGCGAAGUUGGUCAACACCAUGCUGAAGGGCCCCAUCACCAAGGCCCCGCUGCAGCUCAAGCUGUACAGCGACGCCGACGGUGACUUCCAGGUCGAGGCCGUGGACAACGAGGCGGAGCUCAACUGCCCCGGCAAGAUCAACCUGGUGUGCGGCCAGAGCGUCGUGCACAGCAUCGAUGAGGUGUUGAUGCCUGUGGCCGAGGAGGAGGAUGACAGGAAGUGA